CACCGGAACGCAGCGCCAGAACUCUAGUGACGAAAAGGGGAAAACAAAAACGGAAAACGCGAGAGGAGGCGUUGUCGUCCAGAGGCGGGCCUGAGACUCCACAGUGGCACCGACCGUGCGACCUGGUCUUGGGCUGGGCUGGGCUGGGCUGGGCUGUGGGACUGGAACCCCGGUCCCCGCACCUGUCGCUCUCCCUUCUUGGUCCUCAGAACUGAUGGCGAUGGCCGCAGUAAUGGACACCGCGCAGGUGGGUCCGUCCCUGGGUCCUAGUCCGGACACCUAGGUCUGGCGCAGUGGAGGCUCUUGUGGUUGAGUCCUUUUCUGACAGCCAUUUAUGUAGGUGGCGGAAGGACAUCACAGGAACCGGGUCCGCAUGUGCAAAAGCGCCAGGUUCCGGUGAACUCAGAAGUAGUUAUGGUACCUAAACAGAGAAAUCCUCAGCUCAGGUUCCUGAGUCCAGGCUAGGGGUGAUAUGGAGAAGCUCCCAUUUCUGCCAAACAUUGGAAUAAGGUUGAAAAGUUGUUCUAGGUACAUGAGGCAACAUGAGCAAAUACUUGAGGGGCAGGUGAACUUUGAGGACGUGUUCGUGUUCUUCUCCCAGGAGGAGUGGGAACUCCUUGAUGAGGCUCAGAGGUUCCUGUACCAGGAUGUGAUGCUGGAGAACUUUGCUCUUAUGGCCUCACUGGGAUAUACAUCUUUUGUGUUCCAUGUAGUUGCUUCCCUGGAUUUGGGCAGUAGGCCCUGGAUACUUGCCUGGGUGCAUAUGACUCCAGUCAUUGCUGGAGAGACUCUAGCUGGGUGUGGUUAUUGGCAUGGAGUGGAGGAUGAGGAGAUACCUUGUGAGCAGAGCACUUCUAUAGGAGUGUCACAGAUCAGAAGUCCUAGGGGAAGCCCUUCUACCCAGAAGGCUCACUCCUGCAAGAUGUAUAGCCUGGUACUGAAAGACAUUUUACACUUGGCUGAACACGAGGAACCACACACUGGGCAGAUACCAUACACAGGUGUAGUAUGUGGGAAACAGUUCCAGUUCAGUGCAAACCUUCACCAGCACCAGAAACAACAUGGUGAAGAGAAAUCCUUUAGGAAGGAGGAAGGAAAGACUUUUCUUCAGAACAGCUGUCCUGUACAGCCCUCACCAAUGCCUUUUACAACAGGAGAGAGCUGUAAGGACUCAGCAAGCAGCUUGAGCAUUUUCCAGCACCAGGUCCCUCACAAUGAGUGGAACCCACAUGACAGCAGCAUAAGGGAAGAUGCCUCUCACAGUGGCCGAAGGCAGUACAAGUGCAGUGAAUGUGGGAAAGCAUUCAGCCGCAAAGACUCACUUGUUCAGCACCAGAGAGUCCACACUGGAGAAAGGCCUUAUGAGUGUGGUGAAUGUGGGAAAACCUUCAGCCGCAAACCUAUACUUGCUCAGCACCAGAGGAUCCACACUGGUGAAAUGCCUUAUGAGUGUGGCAUUUGUGGAAAGGUUUUUAAUCAUAGUUCUAACCUUAUUGUACAUCAGAGAGUCCACACUGGAGCAAGGCCGUAUAAAUGCAGUGAGUGUGGGAAAGCCUACAGCCACAAAUCCACACUUGUUCAACAUGAGAGUGUACACACUGGAGAAAAGCCUUAUGAGUGCAGUGAAUGUGGGAAAUAUUUUGGUCACAAAUACAGACUCAUUAAACAUUGGAGUGUUCACACUGGAGCAAGACCUUAUGAGUGCAUUGCAUGUGGGAAGUUCUUCAGCCAAAGCUCUGAUCUUAUUGCACACCAAAGGGUUCACAAUGGUGAGAAGCCAUAUGUGUGCAGCGAAUGUGGAAAAGCCUUUAGCCACAAGCAUGUACUUGUUCAGCACCACAGGAUUCACACUGGAGAAAGACCAUAUAAGUGCAGUGAAUGUGGGAAAGCCUUCAGACAAAGGGCUUCUCUCAUCCGGCACUGGAAAGUUCACACUGCAGAAAGACCUUAGUUGGUAGGAACUACACCAUCUUGUUCACCAUAAUGACUCACACCAGAGUAAAGUUCAGUAGUCUUGUGCACAGCUAUCAGCCAGAAAUGGAGCAUCACACAUCUGAACACCCGCACUGAAGAAAUCUUGAGUGCCAGCUGUAGGGGAAGCUUCCUGGAGCUGUGUUGUAUUUUCUAACCUAGAACCCUUGCCAAAAUUCUAUAACUGCCAUUGCCUCUGACAGAAGUCACCUUUGCACUAGCAGAGUCCUGCCUUGUGCAUAUUGGUGUGCUUUGAAAGGCAUGCUUCUGUGUGCCUCUCUUCCUUGAAGGAAAUCAGGAGUCCGAGCCCAUCAAGUACUUUCAUUCUUUUUUACCCCAUCCAAGUUGGCUUAAGCAUAGAUAUGACUCAGUUUUGGCCAAGAGGAUUCUGUGUCUGCCCGUUUCCCUUCUACAGGGACAUUGCUGAUCUCUAGCACUCAUGAUAGGAUGUCUAGGCUCCUCAGCACCUAAUCUAAAACAGCCUGCCUCAUCUUGUUCUGGUGUUGUGAUGAAUGCCUUAAUUUUUAUACUCCUUGUAACUAUGAUAUUCUUCUAUCUAUGUGGGUUGGAAUGGAGACAGUUGGGUUCCACGAACGUGAAGGGAUAAACUUUGUAAGACCUCAAGCUGUGUGUGUCUCUCAGAGGUGAUAGGAUGACAAAGAAUAGCUCUCAUCCAGUGUCAGCCCAACAUACAUUGCUGCAUAAGUGCUUCUAAGGAGAAAUACUGAUUGUUACGGGGCCAGUCUUGCCAUCUAUAUGACAAAAUCAUGUGUGAUCAAGGUCACCCUGAUCAGUGGGCAUUUGUUGUGACAAUCUAAUGUGUCCAGGGAGAGACUGAAUUGAGUUCCUUACUUUCAGAGAGUAUUUCAUAUUUCCCAGCUCUUGAGAAGAACAUGACCCUUUGGAAUCUGAAGUCUGUCAUUUGGUAGGCAAAUAUCCUUGGACCAGGUCAAAAUCAUAAUCAGUACAGGGAUACUGACUGAUAGGGAGUUGGAGACUGUAGCAAUCUACAAAGAACCUGACCCUCCUAAGAGAGUGCACAGUAGCUGGGCAUGAUGAGAUACCCCUGUAGUUCAGUUACUCAGGAGGCUAAAACAGAAAGAUCUCUUGAGCCUAGGAGUUCCAUACAGCCUGGGCAACAUAGCUAGACCUUGCCUCAAUAAAUAAAAAUAUAUCAACAUGUGUUCCCUCCCUAUGACUUUAUUUUGAGGAUUUACAGAAAAUCUAAGGACUUGCAGACCUGUGUCACUUUUCUACAACAAACUGCACAUAUUAGUAGUGUGUAGCUUCAUAACUUUUGGUGCACAUUUUGCACUAGUGAAUCCAAAAGUUACCUGAUUCCCUUUAUAAAGUCUGUCACCAGGCAACCACUAAUUUGCUGCCACUGGGUUUUAUAAAUAGGGAAUAAUGAAAUAUACACUCAAAGGUAAUUGGUUUCUUUAAUUCUUCAUAAUCACUUUGACUCAUUCAUGUUGUUCUGUGUCUCGUUAAUUUGCUCUUCUGUUAGUAUUUCACUAAGGAUAAUUAAUUCCUAAACAAAUGAUCUAGAGACAACUCACAGAGGAACCAAGUCACAGUCUCUGCUGUAGCUUAACCAAGACCUGCUACACAGCAUUUCUGAUACCUUCUGUAGGUCACAUGGACUCAUUCUGGUAAAGGGUGGAAGGGAACUGCACGAAGGUGAUUUUACAAGAUAGAAACUUAUGGGGGCUUCUUCUUAAGAUACUGGUGACCAUAAUACUGUAUGUGUUUUUCUUUACUGUUUUAGUGGCAAAUUAAAUUGACUGAUUUUCCAGUGUUA